AUGAUUUGUGACAAGGAGCCAUCCAUUCCUGAGCACCCGGUCUCCUCAUUACCGGGCCCUGAGAAACUCCGUAUGGAAUGGAGUCUGCCAAGUUUUAUCAACCUGUUUCUGCCUGAAUUCCCCCAUCGCAAUGUCCCAGGACAUGAGCAUUUUCAGGUCUUGGGUUACAUAGCGAAAGGAUCUUUUGGUCCCAUUUUAAAGGUUAAGGAUAAGUCGAAGCAAAAGAUUUAUGCAGUUAAGGUUAUUCCAAAAUCUGAGAUUUUGCGCUUGGGAGUUUUGGAGCAGUCUAAGGAGGAAGUAGUAGUCCAGCGUCAGGUCCACCACCCUUUUGUCCACGACCUGCAGGACUGCUGGCAGACCCAGCGGCACAUCUACAUUAUGUGUGAUUACUGCAGCACAGGGGACUUGUACACGUACUGGGUGAUGAUUGGUCAGUUUGGAGAGGAUUUGGUAAAAGUGUUUGCUGCUGAAUUAGGUUCUGCUCUAGGUAAGCACAUCUAUAUGACAAGAAAUACUUUUGGGAUGGAGAAUGUCCUUCUAACAGAUCAGGGCCACCUACGACUAGCUGACUUCGGUUUGUCCCGGCGUCUUGAGCGUGGAGGGACGGCGUUCACUAUUUGUGGAACAAUCCAAUACAUGGCUCCUGAAGUCCUUAGCGGUGGUCCCUACAAUCACGCGGCUGAUUGGUGGUCUCUCGGCAUCCUUCUUUUUGCAUUGGCCACUGGAAAGUUUCCUGUGUCUCCAGAGCCGGACCACUGUAGCAUGCUGAGGAGAGUGCGCAACGUCCCUUAUGAGAUGCCAAAAAACUUCUCUCCUCCUUUUGCUCUCCUGCUUACAGAGCUUCUUUGUAAGACUCCAGUACGUCGCCUUCGGACACUGGAACGCUUCAAGCGGCAAACCUUUUUCCACGGCACACCGUUUGAUUCCCAUCUGCUCCAAAAGACCCCCAUGGUGCUGAUCCUGGAGCUGAAGAACCGGCCUGACCGCCCUGCCAAAGCCCGUCGAGGACUGACCCUGGAGCCCUUCCCAAACUUUGAUUGCGACUUUCUCUUAACCUCACCAUGUACACCCACUGCUACAGACCUUUCCCCGACUCUGGCCAACAUGGAGCGGGUAGAAGCGCUUAUGCAAAGCUAUGUACCUCAGGGCGAUGCUUCCCAACGAGAAGUGUUUGUUUAA